ACAGUCAUUAAUUCGCGUUGUUCGCUUGUAGACGGUUUGUGUUGCUUAGUCCAUCGGUGUCACUUAAGUAAUCCUGACUACAUUCGUUUAGUUGGUCUUUCUUUGCUGUCCGCUACCCUAAAUAACAUUAGCGUAAUAGUGAUAGUUAUUUAGUAACACUCUUACGUCUACUUGUAACAGUAAAGCUGCUGCUGCGCCGUUGAAGACCAACAAAUUUUCAUUUUGAUUAUUUGUAUUUGGUUUCAUUAUUUGAAUUUUGGCUAUUUACUUCACGUUCGCGCUUUCGCAAUUCAUUGUGAAAGCAAAGUAAAAAAUUAUUAAAAAAAACUUUGUAUAGAUUUUAAUUCACAUAAAACGUGUUUUAGUUGCAAUUAACCUCCGCAGCCGCAGUGAUCAGUGUGCCGCUGGCGGAAACCUUGCGAGCGCGUUAAAUCGAAGAAAAUAAUUGCGACUUUAGUAGAAGUGGUGAAAAGCGCAGAUAUAAGCAAUUUGAGUGUGUUAAAAGCUGUUAAGUGAAGAAGAGCAUAUUAAUUGCUGUAACCAUGGCCACCAAACACUUGAAGAAUCACAACAAAAAUGAGCUUGAAGAAGAAACCGCACUCGAGCACAUCAUCAAAUCACUGGAGAAUCCGACAAUGAUAUGCGAGGGUACACACUUCGAUUCAUACGUGCCACACACAUUUGUCAUAUUUGGCGCUUCGGGCGAUUUGGCCAAGAAGAAAAUCUAUCCAACCUUGUGGUGGCUCUUCCGUGACAAUUUGCUGCCGAAACCAACUAAAUUUUGUGGUUAUGCGCGUUCAAAGCUUACUGUCGCCGACUUGAGGGCGAAAUGCCAUCAAUACAUGAAGGUGCAACCACAUGAGCAGGCCAAGUAUGAGGAGUUUUGGCAAUACAACUACUAUGUAGCCGGUGGCUAUGAUCAACGCAGCGAUUUCAUUGCCUUGCGAGACCAAUUGGAGCGAUUAGACUGCCGUUGCGAUUGUAAUAAUCGGUUAUUUUAUUUGGCUUUGCCACCAUCCGUCUUCGAGCAGGUGACAGUGAAUAUCAAAGAUAUUUGUCAAUCAGAAUGCGGCUGGAAUCGCGUGAUCAUCGAAAAGCCAUUCGGCCGUGACGAUGCCUCUUCAAAGAAACUGAGCGAUCAUCUUGCUUCGCUCUUCCACGAGGAGCAAAUCUAUCGUAUCGAUCACUAUCUGGGUAAAGAGAUGGUGCAGAACCUCAUGACCAUACGUUUUGCCAAUAAAAUUCUCAACUCAACGUGGAAUCGUGAAAAUAUCGCCUCGGUGCUUAUCACAUUCAAAGAACCCUUCGGUACGCAGGGACGCGGCGGUUAUUUCGAUGAGUUCGGCAUCAUACGAGACGUUAUGCAAAAUCACUUGCUGCAAAUACUCUCGCUGGUCGCUAUGGAAAAGCCAAGUUCCUGCCAACCGGACGAUAUACGUGACGAAAAAGUCAAGGUUCUAAAAAGCAUUCCAGCACUCACAUUAGACGACAUGGUUUUGGGGCAAUAUGUAGGCAAUCCAGAAGGAGAAGGUGAAGCCCGUGAGGGCUACCUAGAUGAUCCGACCGUUUCGAAAGAUUCUAAUACCCCAACCUAUGCACAGGGCGUACUGAAAAUUAACAAUGAACGCUGGGAGGGUGUGCCCUUCAUACUGCGUUGCGGCAAAGCGCUAAACGAACGCAAAGCCGUUGUGCGCAUACAAUAUCGGGAUGUGCCCGGCGAUAUCUUUGAGGGCAACAGCAAACGCAAUGAGCUUGUGAUACGCGUACAACCCGGUGAAGCGCUUUACUUCAAAAUGAUGACCAAGAGCCCCGGUAUUACAUUUGACAUGGAGGAGACCGAAUUGGAUUUGACUUAUGAGCACCGCUACAAGGACUCCUAUCUGCCAGAUGCCUACGAACGUCUAAUUUUGGAUGUAUUCUGUGGCUCACAAAUGCAUUUCGUGCGUUCCGAUGAAUUAAGAGAGGCGUGGCGCAUCUUCACACCUGUAUUGCAUGAAAUUGAAAGAAGCAAAGUGAAACCCAUACCUUACGUAUACGGUUCGCGUGGUCCCAAGGAAGCAGAUCAGCAGAAGUCAGAUAAUAACUUCAAAUACUAUGGCUCCUAUAAGUGGCACGGAAAGAAAUAGUGAGGGAGCGAAUUGACAAAGGGUAGGGCUGCGGAGAUGCAAAGUGGACCAAUGACAAUAAUAACAGCGUAGAAAAGACAGUACACAACCAAAUUGUGCAAGCAAAUUAAAGUUUGUUGUAUAUGUAUGUAAGAAUAGCAAUAGGUGCAAUUGUACGUUUUUAUAUAAUUAGUGCAUGUGUAUAUGCACUCGUGGCAUGUAAUUGUUGUAAUGAAUGGAUUGUGCGAGAAAACACUCAGCUUUGUGCUUGCAAAGGCUAAUAUUUUUUUUUUAUAAUUUAAGUACAUAUU